AUGUCCAGUCUAAACAUCGCCUCAAGAGUCCUUCUCACCCAGCAAAUUUCUCGCCCCCUCGCAAGAACAUCUGCUGCCAUGGCCAUCAGGAACUACAACGCCACAGUCGUCAAGGACACGCCCGCAGGAGCAGGAGCCAAAAAGGCAAAGUUUGCUGACAAGUUCGCCAGUGGACCCAGCUUUGACGACUUUGUUGGUGGAAACCAGAAGCUAUCGGCUGAGGAGGCUUUGGAGCUCAAGGAGACUGUUGUCGAGAAGGAGGCUGCUGAAGCUGUCGCCAAGGCAACUGGAAAGCCUGCCAAGCGUGCGCCAAAGCAGCGUUUGCCAGAGUGGCUCAAGACGGCCAUUCCCGUUGGAAAGAACUAUACAGAGAUCAAGAAAAACCUCAGGGAGCUCAAACUUCACACGGUCUGCGAGGAGGCCAAAUGCCCCAACAUCUCCGACUGCUGGGGCGGUGGAGAGCACCAGACCGCCACUGCUACUAUCAUGUUGAUGGGAGACGAGUGCACCCGCGGAUGCCGUUUCUGUUCUGUCAAGACCAGCAAGGCACCUAAGCCUUUGGAUAUUCAUGAGCCAGAGAACACUGCCGAAGCUAUCUCCCGAUGGGGCUUGGACUAUGUCGUCUUGACCUCUGUCGAUCGCGAUGACCUUGCAGACGGUGGAUCUGCUCACUUUGCAGAGACCAUUACGAAGUUGAAACAGAAGGCACCCAAGAUUUUGGUGGAGUGCUUGACAGGAGAUUUCCAGGGAGACAUGCAGUGCGUGGCUCGUGUGGCAACUUCAGGAUUGGACGUCUAUGCUCACAACAUUGAGACUGUCGAGGCACUCUCUGCUUACGUCCGUGACCCUCGCGCAAAGUUCAGACAGUCGAUCGCCGUCUUGGCGCACGCAAAGAAGGCUAAGCCUGGUUUGUUGACCAAGACCAGUAUGAUGUUGGGGUGCGGCGAGACUGAGGCAGAGGUUGUCCACGCCAUGGAUGAGCUCCGCAAGGCUGAAGUUGAUGUGUUGACGUUGGGACAGUACAUGCGACCCACCAAGAAACACAUGCGUGUGCACGAAUACGUCAAGCCCGAGGUCUUUGAACGGUAUCAGAAGCUGGCCGAGGAGCGCGGCUUCAAGUAUGUUGCCGCAGGACCCUUGGUUCGUUCCUCAUACAAGGCAGGAGAGUUCUACAUCAGCAACAUCUUGAAGAAGGAGAAGGAGGCGGUCAUCCCCAUUAUCGGAAACGAUGCGGUCGUCAAGCUGACAGGCGCUGGCGUUCGUGUCUAA